UGUUCGAUUUCGUAAUGUCUAGCUGUUUGUCCACUAAUUAACUUGAGUAAAUAUUUAUUUCGGAAAAAAUAUUGUCUAUUUUAAUUCUCAAGCAAAUUAAGAUAGAAAACUAAGUAAAUUAAAAUAUAUAGCUUUAAUAUGUUUGUGAAAGAUGCGAGACCCCGCCUCUAAUACGCUUGCUAUAUAAAUCUCAUAAACUACUUGUGUGAUAUACAUACAUAUGUUUGUAUACUAACUGCACUCAUUAAAUAUUGUUUUGCGUCGUCUCAGAUAAGUUGUGAAAUGUAAAGUUCGGUGAAAGUGUUGAAACCUCUAAUCAUCAUUCACCAAAUAUAACGAUUUCCGACCAUCUUUUGAAUUUUAACCAAUCAAGCAUUUCAAAUAUUGUUUCAAAAUCCUCAAAAUCGAUCACUUUUGUAAUUUAUUUGUUAUGGCAAAUUUAACAUACUCGUAAUUUUAUUUUGCGGCUUCGUGCUCAAUAAUGUGGUUCUCGAAUCGGUGGGCGUUAGCUUUGCACUGCCCGUCUUAGAAUGUGACCUGAAUCUAUCUCACCGGGAGCAGGGCAUAAUAGGCGCUGUUUCCUUUGCCGGUGUCAUUACGAGUUCACACUUUUGGGGAUUUCUAGCCGAUACCACAGGUCGCAAGCGGAUAAUGCAACCGGCAUUACUCAUGGGCUUUUUUGUUACGGCCCUCUCAAGUUUAUCGCCGAAUUUCAUUACCUUCGCUGUGCUGCGAUUUUUAAAUGGCAUACUACUUUCCGCCGGUUCCGCGACGAUUUUCGCUUACCUCGGAGAGUUCCAUUGCCAGAAAUAUCGCAGUGGCGCAAUACUAGGCAGUGCUUUGGUUAGUGCAGUCGUCUCAAUACUCUUCCCCGUCAUCGCCUGGCUGUUCAUCAAUCAAAACUGGGAGUUCCACGUGCCCUACAUUAAUAUAAUUUUCAAGCCAUGGCGUUCUUACUUCCUGGCCUGCGGUGUGCCAGGAUUUAUUUGUGGUUUGUCAAUGUUUUUCUUGCCGGAGAGUCCGAAGUAUCUGCUAACUGCCGGACGGCCUGAAGAAGCUAUAGAAGUCUUGAAGCGUAUGCAUAGGAUAAAUCUUAAAAGCAAUGAACGUAACAAUGCAUUCACGGUUACCACCAUACUGCCGGACGCCGACACACCAAUGGCAAAAGUGAAAGGUUUAGAAAAGGACAAACCUCUAUUGGCAUCCAUUCUAAAAUCAAUGUGGCAACAGACAGCGCCACUCUUCAUGCGCGAGCACUUGAGGAAAACCUUUCUGUGUAGCCUAAUAUUUUAUAUAAUAUUCUUUACCGCCCACGGCGUCUACAUGUGGUUCCCGUAUAUUCUAAAUAACACCAUGCAAUAUACCGAGAAGGUUACCGAGCCACUGCGCAUUUGUGACAUUAUCAAAUUCGUACGCUCGGGAAAUCUUACGAGUAUGGAAGCAGAUCAUGGACAGACUGAAGAGUGCGCAAUGCACUUGGAAUUAUCAACAUAUAUGCAUACCAUAUUCCUGGAAGUUAUAUAUGUAUCACUACUACUGACCAUUAUGUUUGUCAUUAGUCGAGUUGGACGAAAACCCAUGCUUUUUAUAAUCCUUUUUGUUUGCGGAACUUGUGGCAUUCUAGCCUUUUCCAUAAAAACACCGUUGCUGGCCAUUUAUCUCUUCGUCAUUCAGCUUUCCUGCGGUCUUGGCACAACGGUGGUCAAUGCCAUUGCUGUCGAAAUAUUCCCAACAAAUUUAAGGGGUAUGGCUGUUUGCAUAUCUCUGAUGAUCGGACGUAUUGGCAGCGUCUCGGGAUCAAACAUUUUAGGUAUACUCAUUGAAACACAUUGCGAGAUGGCGCUCUAUGGCCCAGCGGUGGGCCUAAUUGCUGCCGGCGCUUUGGGAUUCCUUUUACCGAAUUCGAACAGCCCUGUUGCUAAACCAAAAGAUCUGGAAAAUACUUCAUAGCUUACGUGUUAACACAAGUUAAUAAUUGAUUUUGACAUAAAAUGCAAAAAUACUAGUUUGAAAUAAAUUUAUUUAAGAAUCAGAAAA